AUGGCCUCGGAGGACUCGGAGCCGCAGCGGGUGCUGUCAGGAGAGUCGGUGGAGAGCUGGGACAUGAAGCGGCACGCGUCGAGCGCCUUCAAGCAGCAGCGGCUGCCCGCCUGGAGCCCCGUGCUGUCGCCGGCCACCGUGCUGCCCGUCUUCCUCGUCACCGGCGCCAUCCUCAUACCCGCCGGCGUCGCGCUGCUCUUCCUCAGCGAGACGGUUGGAGAGCACCGGAUAGCCUACACCUACUGCCCUCAGUACUUUCAAGAAAACAGGACUUUCGGCGAGAGGAACUGUGCUGUAGUAAUAGCAGAAACCAACGAGACUUGCCACUGCGCUUAUAACUUCAGUCUGAAACGAUCAUACAGAGCUCCCGUAUUCAUCUACUACCAACUGAGUAACUACUACCAGAACCACCGGCGCUACGUGAACUCGCGUGACGACUACCAGCUGCGGGGAAAACUCUACGACCGGGUCUCCAGCUACUGUGCGCCCUACGACUACGACGAUGAGGGCCGACCUAUAGCGCCGUGCGGGGCCAUCGCCGACUCGCUGUUCAACGACUCGCUGCGCCUGGAGCUGCGGUGGCUGGGGCACCCCGACAACGAGACCGAGGAGGAUGCCGAGGAGCAGGAGGAGCAGGUGGCGGGCCGCGCGGCGCCGCCCCUGGACGUGCCCCUGCCGAUGGACGUCCCCGUGCUGCGCACCGGCAUCGCCUGGCCCUCCGACAAGCAGCGCCGAUACGCCAACCCGCCGGGCAACCUGACCGCCGCCCUAGCAGGGUUCGCCAAGCCGCGCAGCUGGAGGCGCCACGUGUACGAGCUGGACCCGGACAACGAAGACAACAACGGCUUCGUGAACGAGGACCUCAUAGUGUGGAUGCGCACCUCCGCCCUGCCCAAGUUCCGCAAACUGUACCGCCGUGUCGACCACAGCCGGGAGCCGUUCGCGGACGGUCUGCCCGCCGGCAACUACACGCUCCACGUCGAAUACAACUACCCGGUGGCGUCGUUCAGCGGCAGCAAGGUGUUCAUCGUGACGUCGACGACGGCGGUGGGCGCGGGCAACCAGUUCCUGGGGGCAGCCUACGUCACGUGCGGCUGCGUCUGCAUGCUGUUGGGUGCCAUGUUCGUCGCGCUCCACCUGCGCUACCGCCAGGCUGCCGCAUUCAUGGUCACCGUCGAGAGGGAGACGCCCUACCUCUGA